UGAAGUGUAGCCAAAAUGGCUGAACCGGGAGAAAAUGAGAAAAUUCCAGCUAAACGGAGCUUGGGAAAAUGUUGCAGCUUCCAUUGGCGGGGCAAGGCGUCACUUCUAAUGCCAUUGCUCACUUUGCCAUUGUUGAUCCAUGGAAUUUUGGAGGAAGAACCAGCUUUUAGAUGCAUGUAUCUGGUGUCCAAUAUGGCACUCUUUUGGAUCACUGAAGCGAUUCCGCUCUACUUGACUUCGCUCUUUCCUGUGGUUUUCUUGCCCCUCUUCAAUAUUUUGAGUUCCGAGAGAGUGUGCAAACUGUACUUUUCCGAUACAGUGGUCAUGUUUAUUGGUGGCUUAAUCAUAGCCUUGGCCAUCGAGUAUAGCAAUCUGCAUCAGCGCAUAGCCAUGAAGACUAUACUCAUUGUGGGUUGCAGUCCACGGCGCCUGCACUUUGGCUUGGUUAUGGUCACAUGUUUCAUUUCACUGUGGAUCUCCAAUUCGGCUGCCACAGCCAUGAUGUGUCCCAUUGUGAAGGCUGUGCUCAGCGAGCUCCACUCGCAAAAUAUAUUCACUGUGUUCAAAACGCAAGAGGAGGAGCCCAUGGAAGAGGGCGAUCCGCCACAUCCAUCAACCAUAUCGAUGGCCUUCUACUUCGGCAUUGCCUAUGCCUCAACAAUUGGCGGCUGUGGCACACUGAUUGGCACUGGCACAAAUCUAACCUUCAAGGGUCUCUACGACACACGUUUUCCCAAAUCGGCAACUAGCAUUGAUUUUCCCAUUUUCAUGGCUUAUGCCGUGCCCCUUGUGGUCAUUGUGAAUGUUCUGCUGCUAUAUUUUUCACUGCAAAUCACACACAUGGGUCUGUUCCGUGGGAAGAGCGUGACGGGCCAAGAGGUGAAGCGCGGCACCAUGGGCCAGGAUGUGGUCAAGACUGUCAUCAAGGCACGCCACGCGGAGCUCGGACCCAUGACAUGUCAUGAGAUACAAGUGACUCUGCUCUUCAUACUGAUGGUGGUUCUGCUGUUCACACGCAAGCCGGGCUUUGUGCCUGGCUGGGGCGAUUUCCUCAAUGCACAAAAAAUAGGCAGUGGCCCUCCGGUGUGGCUGCCCGUCAUAAUGCUUUUCGCACUGCCCACACAGUAUAAGUUCUUCAAGUAUUGUUGUGGCAAUCCUCCUUUCACGGGUCAAAGCAUGGAUGCUCUGCUCUCCUGGGUCUACAUACACAAGAAUACGCCCUGGGGCUUAUGUUUCCUGCUCGGCGGUGGAUUUGCUCUGGCCGAGGGCAGCAAGGUCAGUGGCAUGGCCAAGAUGCUGGGCGACUCGCUGGGCUUUGCCUCCAAGAUGCCCAAUAUCGUCGUCGAGGGCAUGUGCAUUUUCAUUGGCUUAUUCUGCACCGCGUUCAGCUCGAAUGUGGCCAUCUGCAACAUACUCAUACCGAUCUUCAGCGAAAUGGCUCUGGCCAUUAAGAUGCAUCCCCUGAAGCUGACUUUGCCGCCGUCUCUGGCCAUCAGCAUGGCCUACCAUCUGCCAGUGAGCACUCCGCCCAAUGCCAUCAUCUCUGGCUAUGCUGGCAUCAAGACCAAGUAUCUGGCAAUGGCCGGCAUUUUGCCGACUAUUUGGGCCUUUGUGAUCCUCAUGCUGAACAGUCAGUGGGGCAAAAUCAUCUUCCCAGAGUCCUCACAGUUCCCCGAUUGGGCAAAGAACUCGUAA